AUGGGCAAGAAGCGUGUCUUGAUUAGCUACGGGAUUGAUGUCGAUGCCGUUGCCGGCUGGUUGGGCUCAUAUGGAGGAGAGGAUUCUGUGAGCGACAUUAGUCGAGGUGUAUGGGCUGCCACUGUGGGCACACAGCGACUGUUGGCCAUGUUCAAGAAGCACGACAUCAAGACGACAUGGUUCAUUCCAGGCCAUUCGCUCGAGUCUUUUCCUGAAGACAUGGCCGCCGUGCGUGAUGCGGGCCAUGAGAUCGGUUUACACGGCUACUCGCACGAGAACCCGUCCGAUAUGACUCUUGAGCAGCAAAAGGUCGUCUUGGACAAGACGUUCCGGCUUUUAACUGAGUUUUGUGGAAAGCCGCCCAAGGGAAGCGUGGCACCUUGGUGGGAGACCAGUGCCGACGGUGCUCAAUUACUCCUCGACUACGGCAUUGAGUAUGACCACAGUCUUUCACACCAGGACUGCCAGGCAUACUGGCUACGCACAGGCGACACCUGGACCAAGAUCGACUACAGCAAACACCCGGAUCACUGGAUGAAGCCUCUGGUCAAGGGCCGGGAGACAGGUCUGGUCGAGAUCCCGGCCAACUGGUAUAUCGAUGACCUGCCACCCAUGAUGUUCAUCAAGGCAGCUCCUAACAGUCAUGGAUUCGUCAACCCUCGUGACGUCGAAGAUAUUUGGCGGGACCACUUCGAUUAUAUGUACCGAGAGUACGAUGAUUUCAUCUUCCCAAUCACAAUCCAUCCGGACGUCUCUGGACGACCUCACGUGCUACUUAUGCAUGAAAGACUGAUCGAACACUUCAAAAAGCACGAAGGUGUCGAGUUUGUGCCCAUGGUCGAGGUGUCGAAUGAGUUUAAGCGGAAGAACAAGUACCCUGAAGGCGCCUACCUUCCUCAGGACCCAACGGAAGUUUUGAAUCGAGAACCACUGUCGAAAUGA